AUGAAUGCGUUACCAAUACGCAAAGGGUGGCACAAGUUGACGAUUACCAACCAAAUGGCCACCUGCACCGCACCCGUGGGAAUAACUAUGCCCAGACUUCUUCAUAUAAAAUUGAACCAUGAGAAACCAAAAGCACCCGACUGUAAAGUACGUGUGACAGCUCCGCUAUUUAUUUACUCCCCACGAUUUUUGUUUGUUUCAAAGUUGUUUUCAACUAGUUUUCUAUGACAAUGUUCUCAGACCUGGAGCAGCGUCAGUCCCUAAGUUUGCAAAAGGUUCCAUCCGCAUUAGUACACAACCAUUCGCCUGAAGACCUGAGAUGACAGACAUUUCAUCAUGGCAUCCACUCAGGAAGUUGACUGUUUCCAUGACAACACUGAAGAAGAGGAGGAGGAUAAUUUUGUUGUUGAUGUCGAGUGGAGUAAACUGAAGGCUUCCCACAUGAAAGAGGGCUACAGAGAUGGUUACAGUGCAGGACAAGAGGCAGUCUUACAAGACGCAUUCAACAGAGGAUUUGCCCAUCAUGUCCAACUGGAAACCUCUGCAUCAUUCUAUAAGGGAAUUCUUUGGGCAUUGAAGACAUUUGCAGAGCGAUCUAGAACUUCCAAAACCCCACCAACGUUGAGCCUGAGUGCCAGUGAUGAAUCAAGAAUAGCAUCACUGCUAGAAGAACUCAGAAUUAUUUCUGGAGGAAAUGACUCAACAAGUGAGAAUACAAACUCAACUGAUGUUGAUGAAGAAGAUAAAACUGAUGCUGUUUCAGAAAACUGUCUCUCACAAAAUCCAGAGGGCAGCAUUGUAAGUGAUCAAGCAUCACAUUGUAAUCCUGCUGGGUGUGUUUGUCUCUCAGCUGAUUCAGAUGGAGAAGCAUCACAUGGUGGAACUUCAAAGCCAAAAAGUUUGAAUGAAGGAACAUUUGAAUACGGUGGUCAGCACUCUAAUAAAAUGAAAGAAGUUGCUGGUAAUUGUAAGGAUUUACUGAAAGAAUUAGGUCUUGAAAAAAUGCUGCACCUACUUCCGUCAAAAAGGUGUUUGCUCAAGUAAACUCUGAAAUCAAAUUCCCAGUUUUCAAGAAUAGGGGAACCAAAUUCACAAAUUAUUCAGAAACAUGCAGAUAUUCUAGAUUUUUUCUGACUCCCAGAUUUAUUCCUCGUAGAACACUGCAGCAAAAUACUAAGAUUAGUUAAUAUAUUCAAUACUAUAGUCAUACAUGUUUACAGAAUAUU